AUGUCUAAGCUACUCUUGGACGAGGACUUUGAUUCCAUUGCUCUCCUACCGCAUGAUGAACAACCCUUGAAAAAGAAAGGCGACGCAAACGGCCUAUCAAAUGACGCUCCCAUUGUCGUGGAUGAAGCAGAUUCAAAGGAUCCAAUGAUUUCAUUAUACGCGGGAAGAUACCAGAAACUCGCCCAGGACGAAAUCGAGGCGCUUGCGGAGUCUCGAAUUGUUACGCGUCCUGAUUAG